UCUGGUGGUGCGGGGGCGAGUGUGCUGGAGGCUGCUCAAUAGUGGCCGAGCCGCAGGAUGCCGCUAUUUAUCAAUCAGUCGCGUGAACACACGUCACAGCCUAAAGCGCUAGUGUAACCGCCGCCAACUGGCUACUUGACCGCUUGCAGAUAGCGCACCGGGACGGGACGGGACGGGAGCGCGCGCGGGCCAACAGUAUCAGCAGCAGGCACUUUGCGCACCAGCGCCUCCAGCCAGAUAGGAUUAUCGAGCGAACGAGGCGAGGGAUGACGAGUGGUCCGCGAAGUGCUACUUGAUCGAUCGUCCGUCCGCUCUAUCAUCGCAGUCCCGGGUCGCAGGCAGUCCACAGCCGAUACCGGACCAGAACGGGCACGCCGUGGCGCUGCUCUCUGUCCUUGUGGUCCAAAUUUCUCCAAAUUUCUCGCGUACUUUCGCUGCGUGUGUGUGUGUGUGUUUUGCAUGCGGUUGCCUUGCUCUGGUGUCCCUCAUUUGGAGAGCAAUUUGUUGAACGCUGCGUUACGGCGUUACUGUCGAUGCGGGUUGGGCCGAACUCUCGUGUGCGCUGAGAGGACACAGUUUAUCGUCGCCAACGAAAGGGUACGAUGUUGGACGCGCUGAAGUUUUUGAUGUUCGUGCUGCUGCUGCUGGUGACGAUCCUGCUGAAUCGACACGUCACCUCGAAACAGUCGGCCGAGCUCGAUCUCGAUCUGCUGUGGCAAAUCCGGGAUGGCAAAGGCGUGUACGUGCUGGUGAACCAGACGGUACCGUCCGGCGUUUACACGGCGCUGGAGAAGAGCAUGGUGAUCGGAUCGCUGCUCGAGGAGUACAACGACGUCAACACCAGCUGGGUCGGCCAGACGGAUUGGCACUAUCGGGUGAACCUCUCCUGCCUCGCCGGUGACUACCAGUACGUGGUGCUGACGUUCCAUGGCGUCGACACGUUCGCCGACGUCUACCUCGGCGACCGGCUGCUCGGUACCACCGACAACAUGUUCGUGCGCUACCGUUUCGACGUCAAGGAUCAGUGCGACGGUGGCACCAACGAACUGCGACUCGACUUCCGUUCGCCGGUCGCCGAGGCACGCCGCCGGGCCCAGAACCGCAGCCUACCGAUCGUGCCCGAGUGCCCGCCGGACGGGUACCACGGCCAGUGCCACAUGAACCUGAUCCGCAAGAUGCAGGCAAGCUUCGCCUGGGACUGGGGCCUGGCCGCCCCGUCGAUGGGCGUGUGGAAGCCGGUCCGCCUCGAGUACUACAGUUCCGCCCUGAUCCGCGACAUCACCGUGGCGAUCGGAGACGAUCGUGGCGGUGACCUGUGGACGAUCGAUGUGGCCGUGCAUCUGGAGGCGGGCCUGACCGCGCAUCCCGUCAGCGGCGUGCUGACGUUCAAGAUCUUUGAUGUACCGUUCGCGGUGGGCACCGAACCGACCGUGACGGUGACGGACACAACGGACGAGCGGGGCGAGCUGGUGGUCCGGCAUCAGCUGAGCGUGCGGAAGGAAGCCGUCGCCCUGUGGUGGCCGAACGGGUACGGUCGGCAGCAGCUGUACAGUCUGUACGUGCGCUACGAGGACGCCAUCCUGAACCGUGUGAAGCAACCGCCACACCCGGACACGCUGCACGCGGAGAAGGUCAUCCGUAUCGGCUUCCGGACCGUGCGGCUACGCCAGGACCGGAUCACCGACGGUCGAACGUUCUACUUCACCGUCAACGGGGUGCCUAUCUUCGCCAAAGGCUCCAACUGGAUCCCGUCCUCGAUACUGCCCGAACGGUCCUACGAUGCUGCGUACGUGAAGUUCCUUCUGUACGCCGCCCGGGACGCGCACAUGAACAUGCUGCGGGUGUGGGGCGGUGGGCUGUACGAGAGCGACCACUUCUACCGGCUGGCGGACGAACUCGGGAUCCUGAUCUGGCACGACCUGAUGUUCGCCUGUUCCAUGUACCCGACCGACGCCGACUUUCUGCGCACGGUGCGCACGGAGGUGCAGCAGAACGUGCGCCGCAUCCAGCAUCACCCGAGCGUGGCCGUGUGGGCGACGAACAACGAGAACGAGGUGGCCCUGCGCCAAAACUGGUACAACACGCAGGCGAACUACAGUGCGUACUACGAGCAGUACGUGGAGCUGUACGUGCACCUGGUACUGCCGGAGGUGCAGGCGAACGACCCGUGGCGCACGGUGCUCCUGUCGUCGCCCUCCAACGGUGACGAGGCGACGGAGGAAGGGUUCGUGUCCACGAACCCGCAGGACCCAUUCUACGGCGACGUGCACUACUACAACUACUUCCUGGACGGCUGGAAUGCGGCGCAGUACCGGGGCGGUAGGUUCGUGUCGGAGUACGGCUUCCAGUCGUUCCCGGCGUACAACAGCUGGCCGGAAGCGCGCAGCUACAGUCCCGACGAGCUGGCCCGCCUCAUCAACCACCGGCAGCACAGCCCAUACGGCAACGAACCGAUCCUGGAGAUGAUACGGUUCAACCUGCCGUUACCGGCGGCCGACAACGGCAGCAGUAGCAGCUACUGGCCCGACCUGAUCUAUCUCAGUCAGCUAUCCCAGGCGAUGAUCGUCAAGACGGAGACGGAGGUGUAUCGUGCGCGCCGCCUAACGUACGGCACGAUGGGGGCCCUCUACUGGCAGCUGAACGAUGUCUGGAUUGCGCCGUCCUGGUCGUCGAUCGAGUACGGCGGCACGUUCAAGCUGCUGCACGUGUGGCUGCGGUCCAUUUUCGCCCCCCGCCACCUGGUGGCGUUCGUGGACGAGGGCCACCAGCUGGAGGUGACGGCCGUCCGCGACACGCUCGGGCCGGUCGACGAGCUGUGGAGCGUCGAGCUGCACAUCCACCGGUACGGUGAGUUCGCCCCGGUUGACCGGCGCACGUACGACGGUGUGCGGGUGCCCCCGAACACGGUGGCGCUCGUGACCCGGUUCGACAUCUACGGGCACCUGGCGCAACUGGGACUGCGGCCGGCGGACCAUCUGGUGAUGCUGUACGCGCGCAGCGCCACCGGGCUGCUGCUGGCCGAGAACUUCGUGCUGCUCGACAAGCUCAAGCACGUCUCGGAUUGCACCGACCCGGCCGUCACCGUCAGCGUCGUGUCGUCGGCCUGCAGCGAGCGCAAUAAUCUGACCACCGUCAGCCUCGAGGUGACCGUCCGGGCGCCCGCCCUGUUCGUCUACCUGCAGCUGACGCCGGAAAACAGCAGCACCCUGAAGCAGUGCCAGUUUUCGCACAACGGCUUCCUGCAGUUCCAGCCCAUCCGGACCGUCCGGCUGACGUGUGUCGAUCCGGGGUGCCGGAACAAGAUUCAACCGCGCGACAUCAGCGUGCGCACGGUGAACGGGCUGUUGCGGAGUUGAGUGGAGCG